CCUGACACAGAAAGUAGGUGGUUAAGAUAACCAGGAGGUGUUUACAGUGUACAUACAAUGUGACGAAGAAAUCCCAGGAGGAGAGGCAGAGAUUCUGAUUUCCAUCUACCCCCAUUUCUUCCAUUGUUAUUAUUGUUGUACAUAAAUGUGGCGACGGACAUCAUGGUGGCUUGUGAUGGUCCUCGGAUCUAUUUCAUCACAAGCCAUUAGCGGUUAGCCAUAAAAAUCUACUUGCUUUCAACCUUUGUUCCACUCGAACAAAGGUUUUUCAUUCACGUGGAACGAAAAACCUUCAGGUGUUUGUUGGACUCGCCAAGUAAAGCUUAAACAUUAAAAACCUUUACCUGGAAUUGUGUUUAUGAGUUUUCUCCCUCAUUUGCACAACGUUUCACACAGCCCUCGUAAUGCGAAAUGUGUGAUCUAGUUGGACUUCUCACAUUUGUGUGUGAACGAAGAGGGAAAAUGAGGUGUGAAAGUGCAACCGGUGAAGGCCGUCUAUUUUCACAUUCUUUUUUUUAGUCCCUCCUGUUCUAUAUGGUUCAUUUCAGCAGCCUCAUUUUCUAUGCUGAAGUCUUUGUGAAACGUAAACUAAUGGUACUUAUCUCUGGUGGAGUUGUGAUUGACCACUGAGCUGUGAGACGCCUUCUGCAGUCGUGAAAACAAUCUGCAGGGGUUUUCUCUGCUGCAUGUGGCUGAGUUUUCAUUCUGUGCAGGAGGAAACUGGUCAGAGAAAAGGUAGUCGGUGAUCAUAAUGUGUACUUUUUUCUGUGCUGGGAAACGGUUUCAUCACUUUUGUCCCUUCCUGAGAAUGGUAAGAUGUCUUAUCUGGGCUCAGGAGAAUUCAUUACCUAAUGUGUCUCUGGAGGUUUCCUAACAAUCCUACAGGAAGAAAGGGCAACGGAGACAGCUGAUACUCGUGUUUGCUUUACUCCCAUUGUUUACAGCAGAAUGUACAGUAGGUCUAGGUAGGAAUCAUGUCUCUCAAGUCUUGCAUAAGAAUGCUUGAAGUUCUAACAGAUUUUUUAAACAAUGUUUUAAUAUAUCACAAGUGUAGUUGCAAAAAAUAAUAUCUAGUAGUUUUGUGAUGUAUAUUAUCGCUGACUAUUUGGUUCCAUACAACAAUAAGUUGUAUUUUAUUGGGAUUUGAUGCGACAGGUGUCUAGGAAAAUUAAACUUUGGCGUAUUUACUGGGAAGAUUGAACUGAUAAUGAAGGUUUCUGAGCAAGUGUUUUUCUUAUGGAACUGAUAACGGAAGUUUCAGAGGAGAUCUCUGGACCUUAUCAAAACCGAAACUCUGUUGAACUGAGUUUGAUUUAGGGGUAGAAGUACCAAUUAACCGGAGUGGGAGAAACAAAGAGAAACUCCCUACAAGGGAGAGAUGGGCACCAGGCAUCGUGUACAUGGAAGGAGCAUUGUAAGUUUCACUUAUUCUUCCGUCUUCUUCCUCUGUCUUCUCUAACUCUCUCUCCUGCCUGAUCUGAUUUUUCAAAAUAAAUAUCUAAAGACAAAUGCACAUUUCUCUGAUUGACUCAGUGUUUCACUAAUUAUCAAAAGAAUUUUCCUAAACACAGACCAACACUAAGUUGUGUUUACUUGUGAAGUGGAAGAAAAUCAAUUCUGAGCAGGCAGAGACUGAAAUGUUGGCCCAUUCUUCUUUGCCAAAUAGCUCAAUCACAGUCUGAUUGGCUGGAUAUUUACUGGGUGGGUACAACAAAAUGUGAAGUCUUGCCACAGAUUUGUAAUUGGAUUUGGGUCUUGACUUUGACUGGGCUCUUUUAACCUAGCACCAGACUGCUCUUUGUUGUGCGUUUAGGGUCAUUGUGCUGCUGGAAUGUGAACCCCAGUCUUAUGCAGAUUCUGCACCAGUCCGCAUGCCACUGGGGACCAGGCCCGCCCAUUCACGUAUCCUGGUCCUGCCGAGUCAGACUACACCGAGGAGCGGUUAUGUCUGAGCCGUCUUUAAAUGCAACGUGAGCAUUCACAUGCUAACGUCUGUUUUACACCUGUGGCCCAGCGAGAGGAGGUGAUGCAAAGAAGGAUUUUACAUAAAAUCAAGAAAAUUGUAGGCAACCUUUAGCAUCCUCUUCAAGAGACAGAGUCUUUAGUGAGAGGCUUCUUCAAAUUGGCUGUAAUACAGACUGCUACAGGAGAUCUUUCCUCCCCAUCUCAACAUCUACAAUCACUCUGAAGAAGUUUGAAUUAACGUGUUGCAACAUUGAAUUUGUCCUUCAGAUCAAUAAUCUUUUUGAAUUGAAUUAAGUUGUGCUGUUGAAUUCAAAUAAUGUUAGCUAAAUGAUUACCAGUUAAUCCAUGCCGUUAUGUCAUGCUAAUCUUCGUGACAAGCUUAUUAAUUUUCUUAUCUAUGUUACAUCCCUUGCUGGUAAUUUACUGCCAGGAAUAAACACAAUCCUGUUUCCUUCCUGUGUAGAACUAUGUGGAAAAAGAAGUUACUUUUUUUUGUUACAAUAGAGCAAAGUAAGGGAGGCGACAUCAGAGCAGAGGCCAGCAGCAGGGACAAUGACUCAGGGUGUUCUCGGGUGAGGAGGAAUUAAAACCUGCCGAGAAAAAGAAAACGCCUGUUGGAGGAAAAACCAGCGAGUGACUCUUCAGCCCAGAGAUGAAUUUCGAGCAGCCGCCUCCGUACCCAGGCAGUGGACCUUCUGCUCCAGGCUACCCAGGGCAGGGCCCACCUCCUCAGGGCUACCCACCCCAGGGUUAUCCUCCACAGGGAUACCCAGUAAACAUGGACCAGCCCAACCCAGCCUACCCUAACUACCCCGCUGGUCCUGGAGGUCCCUAUCCUGGCCCAGGACAGCCCCCAUUCCAGGGAUAUCCAGGCCAGCCACAGUAUGCCUGGCAGGGUGGACCCCCUCCUGCACCCAUGUAUGGGGAAGCCCCAAAAAACACAGUGUAUGUGGUGGAGGACAGGAGAAGGGAAAACACAGCGGACACCUGUCUGACUGCCUGCUGGACGGCGCUGUGCUGCUGCUGCCUCUGGGACAUGCUGACAUAACGUCCUCCUUCAUUUGCUCAGCCUUAUUAGUCUCCUGUAAGCCGAAAAACCCCAUCAACCUUUCCUCCUUUCUUCUUCUUCUGCCUUAAAACCUGGCUCCGUCUCACCUCUUCCCCCUCACCUCAUCGUCUCUAAUAUUUCUCAAUAAACAACAGCUCCAGUCUCAUAGGGAAGUCUUUCUGCUUGGGCUCUGCUCGACUUGUCCAGAACUUGCCUUGUAGCGGUCUGUAACGGAGCUUCUUAACACCAACAUUGUAUCUGAGGCUCUUGUUUUUUUAAAAAACUACACACAACCUUCACACACAUUGAGAAAGAUGCACAUUGUACGUGCUUGUUCCUUCAGUAUACACGGAUCUCAGGCGUAUCUAGUGUGAUGCUCUUUGGCACUUUACAAUGAUUACCUCUGCAAGAAAGAAAUCCUGCCUGCCUGCCUGUUGAACCCUGACCCCUUCCCCUUCGUCACUACUCCUCAGCUACCUUAGCAAACAAAGGACUACUCUCCCAUCAAGGCGCUCUGUUCCCAAAUUUCACCCAGACCCUGGCUGCUAAUGAGCUACGGGGGGAUUGAUGUUUAGAAGCUUGAAAUGUAUCAGUUUUAUUUUAACUUUCUUUUUUUUUUUUUGGCUUUUGUGAAAGUAAGUGAAAUGCAUUUUUAAACACAAAGGUAACUUUUCGUUGGAUGCCUGUUAACUUUUUAAUGGCUGCAAUGUAAUGUUGUGCUUUUAUUAUUAUGAAAAAAUAUUCUAAUAUUUGUCAUUUGGACCUUGGAAAUAUAUCUGGAAAUAUCGUUAAAAAAAACCCAAAACAACUGUACUUGCUCAACAGAAGAAACUAUUAGUCUGUGGAUGCCUUUUUUUUUGCUUUGGAUGAGAUUAUUUCAUUAAAAUAAUUUAUUGCUAUAAUUAAA